AUGGGAUGCAGUCAAGUCAUCUUGAAGACAGACGCGCUGAAGCAGGCAUUUGUCCAAGAUCAUGUAAUGUUGCUUGCGCACACUUUAGCUGCGUAUGGAGCUGGUUUAGAGAAUGGGGACGCAGCUGCGGGGUUCCAGCUCCAACCGUCUCAUCUAGUUCCACUUCCACCAUUGCAGGCACUCCAAGCGCACCCUCCCUUGCUCCCGCUCCCGCUUCCGCCAUCCAUUCCCAUCGGUGGUCUCCUCGGGCCGUGGCACCGGGCCAGCCUAGCCUUACGGCGGGCUCCUCCUUCGCGCCCAAAGCCCUCCGAUCUCUCGACCGUGUCGCCGCGUCCGCCCUCCCGCUUCCGAUCGACGUUCUCCGCCGUGAGCAUCGCCACCACUUCGCUGAGUUCCUCUACACGACCCCUCCGCCUUCCUUCCGCGGCUGCGCGUACGCGCCGACGUGACGCGGCCUGCCUCUGCUUGUCUGUUUCUGGGCCGGCGGGUGCCUGCUACAUGUUCGACCAAAUGUUCCAUUUGAACCCGCCACUGCCAUCACCGCGAACCGGGACUUUGGAAAUUCGACUGGUCUUGAUCAUUCUGUACCAAGUCUGCAUGCAUUUGACCUAUCGCCGGGCUAGCUUCCUCACUCAAAGAAAGGGUCAUGGUUCAUCUUUACUUCGAGAUCUACCUCUCGAUAGCAAUAAAUUCUACAAAUAUGACCAGCUUCAAUCUGCUUCGAAAUUAUGGAUCUUAGCAGCCAUGCCAUCUGAUGCUUUAAUUGGGAACUUUCAACCGGUGAGGUAACCGAGAAUUCCUCCAAAGUCUUACCACUGUUAAGCAGAAAAUUUGCAAGUAUUCUUUCGAGUUGCCGUCCUUUAUAAUUUACAAUGUUGAUUCUGCUAAGUUUAUGGCCCAAGCAUCUGAUGUACAACUGCCACAAACUAUCGGUCACAUGGCUACUACAGUCGACCUCAUCGCCACUGUCAUCUUCAGUCUCGGUACCCGAUUUGCCAUGGGACAUACAACAGUACACUUCCUUCUUUUGAGGCCGUCCCAGAGGAGACGGUGACAAUACUUCCAGGUUCUUGGUUUCACGAAGCAAGACGGUGAUAGACCGGACAGCAUGGCCCUCCCGCAGGCAGCCUUUGAGGCCCAACUGCCUAGGAGGUAGCCCCCGAACAGCAUCUGCGAGCAAGCUGCUGUGGUAAGCCAUUGAUGGGUGCAAGGAAAGGUGGAGAUACGCCAGCUCGGUGCACUGGUUGAUGAGUCCUGUGACCGGAGCAACCUCAGUCGAUUUCCUUUUGGAAAGGUCUUCACAGAUUUCAAUCUUCAGCGCCAUGACUCCUUUUUAGUUUGCAACAUCGAAGAGCGACUCAUGGGGAAUGCUGCCUUUGUAGUGCAGAGACCGCAAGCGCGAGCUGUGCAGCUUGAUGAGGCUGGCAUGGUGGCAACAGAUCAUGGCGAACCUCCACACACUACAAAAAAAAGACACAUCCGUGACAUUUUGGGCCGAACGAAAUUUUUUCUGUGAUACAUAUGACACUUUUAUAACGAUAAUUGUGACAAA